AUGAUGCAACAACAAGAAGAAGGCUACACAAACUCAAAAUGUCUACUUUCCUCCUUUGUCCCACAGCUGACCACGACAGUGUUGACAAUCCAAUUUAUUCAUUAUCUCAUGCCUUGUCUCUUUUCUCAACCUGUGACAUCGAAGUUAGUCAAGCUUACAAUUAUGAGUAGCUACCAAUUAUACAGAAACACAACCAUAGGAAAUACUUUGCAAGAAAGUCUGGACGAAUUAAUACAGUGUGGUCAAAUCACACCACAACUUGCUCUGAAAGUGUUGAUCCAAUUUGAUAAGGCAAUCAAUGCUGCCUUGGCCAGUAGAGUUAGAAACAGAGUAUCCUUUAAGGGUCACCUUAACACUUACCGGUUUUGUGAUAAUGAGAACCCCAAAAGUGAAAGAUGCAGGGACCCCUGCUCCCCUCUUUUUUUUUUUUUUUUUUUUUUUUUUUUUUUGAGAUGCAGAGAAGUGGGGAGAGAGGAGUCUUCAUUUUUUCCCUCCUCUCCUUUUCUAAGUCUUAUAACAAUAAAAUGGUCUGAAUUUUUUUUUCUUCUUGAAUGUGGAGUGGGGGGGCCCUGA